UCGCGAACGAACGGUCUGUUCAGCGGCCAAGUUUGAAUUUCGAUUCGGUUGCUCUUCACUGGGACAUAAAUUAAAAGCUAGUUGGAAAGUGCAUAAGCAUAAUUUUUAAAUAUGCCAGAUAUAGUCGGAAGUACGCUAAACUGGCCACACUGAGGCCAAGUGAAUCCCCAAUCGCGCAACUAACCAAGUCUAUGUCGUUACCGGAGCGCUCGAGCUCCCCCAGCGCGUGAGCGUGUGUGUGUGCGUAUCGACGUCGAUCAAAAGAAAAGCAACAAGAGCGAGAGAGAGGCAAAUAGAAAUAUAUUAAAAAAUAUAUAUAAAUAAGAAAAGUGUACCUGUGUGAGCCGCCUUGGCUGUGUUGUUGUUUUUGUUUCACUUGGCGCAAUUAGAAGUAACGGUGCGAAGGUGAUUUUGCACGAGAGAAACUGGAAAAUCAGCGAGGCGCGAUCAUUAAUUUCUGUGAAUUUUCAUUUUGGUUUUGUUUUCGUUUCGCAACAAGUGAGAAGCGCCAUCCAAAGCCAUCCAUUUAAUUCAAUCAACGAUCUGAGCGAGAUCAACCUGAGGCCGCGUGUGUAUCUCUGCUCAAGCGUUCUAAGCACAAACAAAUGCUGAAUACGAAAAUAAACGAAAACACAUCCAACGGAUACAAGUUCGCGAGCCGGUUUAGUCAUCAGCACAAGAAGCCGGGGAGCACAGCUUUGAGAUACAUUCACGCUCCUCAACAGCUGUUGUGGGCUGCAAUGCCACCGCACCUGGAUCCCCACAUAUUUGCCCUGCCUUGGAGCCCCGCGAUAAGAUAUCGCUAAAUACCAGCUAAAAAAAUAUAAAACAAAAAUAAAAACGAAGGAAAACAACGCAGAACGACGGGAAAAAUCGCACAGUGUUCUCCAGUGCCAGUGUUUAAAGUUAAAUCGCGAGUUUAUCUUAUCGGCGGUCAUUGAUUGAGCUUUGCCUUUCCGCUCCCAGUCGGCGGUGAAGUCAUUCCUUGAGAUACAGUAUCUACACGCUACGAUAUCUAAUGCAGCAGCCAUAAAGGCCAAAGCCAGUCGUCUCUAUAUUUAGACAGAGCCAAGAGCCGAGAGCCGGGGGAAAACCCAAGCCAACCAAACCAAAACCAAGACACUCGUAAAUCAAGCCACUGGAGAGGACCAAGAUGGACAUAGAAUCCGAUUCGGACACCUCCGAGAGAUGGGAGGACUUUUUUGGCAGCACCACAGAGUUGGCACCUUCGCUGCUGGGCAUCUACGACACCUUGACGAACAGCCUGAGCGCUGGGCCCACGACAUCCUCCUCGUCGGCGACAACCCACGAAGCGAAGGCCUCCAGCAGCGGGGACUCGACGCCCAAGCGGAGCAACAGCAACUGCAGCAGCACCAGUGACACCUCCUCCAACUCCUCCUCCUCCGCUGCGAGUGUCUCCACCAGCGAUGACCAGAGCGCCAGCUACACGCUAGCCAAGUCCAGCUCCCGGUCGAGCCACCCGGGGCCACUGCCACCGCUGCCAUUGGUGGUAGCGGGUCUGCGCGAUGAGCCCGACGGCGCACAGUUGAGCCGGCUGGUGGUGCAGCGGAACCAGAGCCAGAGCGGCAUCCACGGCAGCAGCGGCAGCCUCGCCUCCAGCGGCAGUCGACGGGGCAGCAACAUUCGCAUUCUGUCCCCCAACGUUCACCGGAUCAUCACGCACUCGGACAUUCAGCCCGUUGAGGCGGUGUCCAUCGAGGCACUGCAGCAGCAGCAGCAACAGAACCAGAGGAGUCCCACCCAGGGACGGUACAUCAAGACCCACAGCAGUGGAUCAUCACCGGUACAGGGCGCCGGUUCCACGCCCAAGCUCAAGCUCUCGCACAUACCGCUGUCCAAGAUUACCGGCAAGUUGUCCACGCAGUCGGGAAGCGAACUGGUGGCCACCUUUGACUCCAGCACGGAGUACCUGCAAUCACUGAACUUUGCGGCCGCAGAGAAACUGAAACCAGGAGCAGACAAGGACGAGGAUCGGACGCCGACGAAUAAAUCUGUGCCAGGAACGCCUUUCCACUUCGAUGGACAUCCGUUCCAGGCGACGCGCAAACUGACCCUACCGCGGUACGACUCCCAGCAAAGCAUCAAGCUGAUCGAGAUGGAGCAGCUGGCGGCCACCAGUGUGCAGUUGCAGCAGGCGAAACCAGGAACGCCUGGAAUGCCCGGAACUCCAACUACACCCACUCCCAAUCACAACCAAAAGCCCAGUCCCAAGCCCAAGGAAUUCGUAUGCAGCGAACCACUGAGUCCGGUGGAUAUAGUGGACACCAUCAACUUUGAUCUGGUGGCGCAGCACAUCGAGCGCCUGACUCUGGCCGAUCCUUGGGCAAUGGACGGACCUGGCGAGGAGCUCGUAGAGGCGGUGAACAAGCCGCUGGUGAGCAAGCCGCUGGUCAGGAGCAGUUCCGCUGCCUGCGCCUCCACGAUCUCCAGCUCACCCUUGCUGACCUAUGCCCGCACCAAGAGUCUGGGUGCCAAGGCCAGCACCUUGGGCGGCGGCGUGCCUUUGAAGCUGCCCACCGCCGAGCAGCUGGCCGAGCUGGAGGAGGCCAACAAGCUGUCGGCGGAGAGUCUGGACAGGCUGACCGACAUUAAGCCCAAGUUUGCCGCCCGACUAAGUGAGCUGGCUCGACUGAACAACCGGCCGCUAUCCUCCUCUUCCAUCUGCUCAACAUCCUCCAGUUCUAGUUCCGGCUCCGAUCAGCUGCUCAAUGGCAAGCUCACGGCCACCUCGUACUUGGCCAGCGUGGAGAGUCUGGCGGAGAGCGAGAACGAUCUGGGGGACUCGCACCAUCACCAUCCGCACCAUCAUCCGCCCGCCAUGAGUGUCCUGGAGAAGACCUGCCUGGAGAUUGUGGACUCGGAGCGCAGCUUCGUCGAGGACCUGGGUCAGGUCAUCAAGGGGUACCUCAACGACUGGAAGGAGCGCGCCUGCCUGCGCGUGGACGAAUUGCAAAUACUCUUCGCGAACAUUGAAGAGAUUUACGAAUUCAACUCGAUGCUGCUCCAGCGACUGGUCAACACGGGAUUGGAGCCCGGCCGGAUUGCCAGAUGCUUCAUUGACCUGCGCGAUGGCUUUGAUGUGUACACAACCUAUUGCACAAGCUACCCGCAGGCCAUCUCGCUGCUGACCAAGCUGCUCCAGGCCACCUACACCUACACACUGCUGGCCUCCACGCAGAAGGGACUCCAGCACCGGCUGCCCCUGGGCUCCUACCUGCUGAAGCCAGUGCAGCGCAUCCUCAAGUACCAUCUGCUGUUGGACAGUCUCCGCAAGCACUGCGACUUGAAGGAGGUGGCCGAGGCCCACGUGAUCAUGCGCCAGGUGGCGCACAACAUCGACCAGGUGAAGCGCAAGCAGGAGCAACAGAGUCGCGUCAAGGAGCUGUCGGGGAUACUGGACGGCUGGCUGGGACCAGAGCUAACUGUCCUGGGUGAACUGCGACAGGAGGGCCUGCUGAUGGAGCAGCACAACAAGCCCCGCCUGGUGCUCCUCUUUGCCACGAUGCUGAUCAUUACCAAGCAGAAGGAGGACGGACGCCUGCAGUUCAAGACCUACAUAUCGCAAAACAACCUGAUGCUGAGCGAACACCUGCCCGGGGAGCCGACCAGCUUCUACGUGAUUCCCUUCGACGAGCCCCGGCAUCAGAUCAAGCUGACGGCCCGGAAUCGUGACCAGAAGCGCAUCUGGACGCAGCACAUCAAAGGUGUCAUGCUGGAGAAGCUCGACAUUCCCAUGCGCGCCAAGGAGCUGGUCUACCAGCUGGGCAACGAGGAAGAUCGGACUCCGGAUCGCAGCACCUGGAAGUGGAGCCUCCACUCGGGCAGCAACUCCACGCCCACCUACCUGGAGCGGCGCAAUGCGUGUCGGCGCAGCGAGAUCCGGCAGCGGAACUCCAAGUUCAAACGGAAGACGGUGACCAACUCCAGCUCCUUCGACAGCUUCAACGAGUCCUUGGAGGCGGAGCCGGAAGAGCCCAGCCAGGAGAAGCCAUCGAAGCCUCUGUCAAGGAACAACAGUCUGGAUGACACGGCCUUGCAGAAGCUGGCCGCUGCCAUGAGGUACCGCAAGCGAGAUACCUCCGUCAAGGAGGAGACCAAGUCUCCGCCCAAGGAAGCCGCCUGCAAGUGCAGCCAGGAGUCAAAACCGGAGCAGGAUCAGCCAGAUCCUUGCACCUGUACCCUGCGGGAUCAGCGCAGUCGGAGCACCAAGUCACAGUCUCCAGUCUUCAGCUACAAAGCCCUCAAGGAGCGCAGCAAGUCGGUGCCCCGGAUCGGAGGCUUCAGUCUCGACGAGGAGGCGGAGCGGGAACGAGAACAGGACGAGGACAGCGCCGCCUCCUUGAGGGGCAGCAAGCCCGAUCUCAGCGAGCGCAAGGCCAAGGGCAAGGGUUUCUUCGAGGUGCGACAAUACAAUCACAAGACAAUGCCCAAGAGGAUCGCCACCAUGAAGAAGCAGCGGAGCAGCACCAAGAGCUGCUCCAAGUUCUACAUGGAUCUCAGCGAGUUCGACAGCAGUAGUGCCACAGUGCUCAAGAUAACCGAGUCCACGGAGGAGUUGCGUCCGGAAAAGGAAAUUGAGUUAGCCCAGGAAGCAGCCACCUUGGACGAAUCCUCGUCGGAUCAGUAUUACGGAGCCAGGGACCAGGCGGAGACGGAGCUGCUCUCGCCGGCGGAGAAGUCGAAGCGAGACGCCCAAAUCGUACUGGACUUGCUUAAGAAUACCAAGGAGUUCGAGAGGAUGUACAACAAGCAGCAGAAACGACGCGAGAGUCCUGUGAGUCCCGUCCAGGACAUAAAUCGGGGUCCCUUUCAGCCGCCACCACGACCGCCUUCGAGAUCCCCGCCCCUAGAACUGGAGGAGCAGCUGAAGCAGGCCAAGGCAGACGCCGUCGAUGCUGGGCGAAGCGAGGAGCCUAUCUAUGAGACCCUGCUGCGCAACGUCCACGUCCCCUACAAGUUCUCUCCCGUCAUGGGACGCGCCAAGUCGGCCCAGCUGCUGAAGAAGCGCUCGAAGACAGCUCCGCCGGCUCCGCGACCGGAGUCGGACUACGUUACGCUGGUCUACUCGCCGGACGGAGUGCUGCAGCGCGUGGGCGAGGAGACGGUGCAGCGGGACAGCUGCAGUUCCUCCUCCACGUCCACUUCGAGCUCUUCCCAUGGGUCCGGCUCCACGCUUAAGCGCGACAGCCAGAGCACGGUGAUCAACCUCUCCAUGGAAGCGGUGCCCAAGAGCCUGGUCUCCGGCUCGGGUUCGGAGAGCUCGUUGCUGCCGCGUGCCCUGAAGUCCAUUGACAACCUGACCAUGGCCUUCGGUCGCUCCAAUCGUCCGCCGGAGCGUCGUGUGUCCGACGUGAGUGAGAUGUGCCGCCAGAGCGUGCUCCAUCGCCAGGGCAGCGAGGCGGUGGGUGAGCGCAUGGCCCACGUGGACUAUGCCGAUCCCAAGACCCUCUUUGGCCUGGCUCCACUCCUGAACCACUCGGAACGUGACUCGGUCUUCUCGCUGACCUCCUCCUCCAGUGACAGCAUGUGCGAGCAGCAGCGCAAGCAGCGUUCGGGCGCGGAGCAGACUCCAGCUUCUUCCGGUAGCUUUGAGUACGAGCAGCAGGUGGAGGACAGUCUGGAGAACGACUUCCGGGACUCGGCCAUUUACAGCGAUGACAACAAUGACAAGCGUCCCGGGGACUAUGAGCUACAUCCGCGGCGUCCCACCAGUCCACCGCCGCCGCCGCCUCCCCUGGGACCACGUCCGCACUCCUCCCACUCUCAACAUCAGCCCCCACAGAUUGCCCCAAAGCCCCCCAAGGAUCAGCUGCGUCUCGGAGCGGGAGGUGGUGUCAUCGUCUGCCAGUCCGCCUCCCGCAGCUGGGUCCUUCAGCAGAUCGAGAACUUCAACAAGUAGGAUGAGGAGUCCUUCAAGCGACUUCUCCCUUCCCCUUUUUGCCAUAAACACAAUUCCUUUGUAAUUUGUACAUAGUUCUAAGUGUCUGUACUAUUUACACACACUUUGUAUGCAAUGCUAAUCUUAGAUACUACAUUUAGUCGACUGUUUUAUGUUUAGAACCUAGUUGCAUAACCGCAGAGUCAUUUAAUAA